AUGUCGUACGUUCACAGAGAGCGCGAUCGGGACUGGGACGACUCCCGUCCCGUCACCAUCAAGCGCUACGUCGUACCCCACGAGGACGACCGAAGAGAUUUCUUCAGGCGCGACGAUCACUAUACUGGGGACCGCGACCUGGUUCUUCGCCGCAAAGCCGACCGCGAAGAACCUCUCUCUAUCCAACGCUAUGAGCGCGAGGUAGACUAUGAUGUGCCCCGCCGCGAGCGGGACUACGACUACUACGAGUCACGCCCGCGCGAGGCCGACUAUGACGUCGUGCGUCGAUCCGACUACGAUGACGACCCAUACUACCACCACCACCGUCGUGUGCGCGACUAUGACGACCGGCACUCGCGCCGGGAGGUAAGCCCCGGUGACUCAAUCUCGCAGGUCAGUAGCCGACGUGACCGCGACCAGGACUACAGCAGCGACGACAGCAUGGUCUAUAUCCGCAAGGAGACUCACGGCUACGACGGCGACCACCCCCACCAUCGCCGCCACCUCGCCGAGGGCGCCUUGGUUGGUGCCGGUGCAGCCGAGAUCCUCCGCAGCCGUCGCAAGAGGGAUGGUGAGGAGGUCAGCGGUGGCCUAGGUCGUGUCGGGAAGACCGUGGGCGCUGGUGCCCUGGGUGCCGUGGCCGUGAACGCCGCCUCUCACGCCCGCGACUACUACCGUAGCAAAAGCCGACACCGUUCACAUUCCUUCGAUGACGAGCGUUCAUACCGUCACAAUCGUCACAGCCGAGGCCGUCGCAGCCGGAGCCGCAGCCGGUCUCAUUCUCACUCGCGCGCCAAAACCCUCUUGGGUGUCGGUGUUGGCGCCGCUGCUUUGGCCGCGGGUAUGGCUGCUCUGCAAAAUCAGUCCAAAGACGGGCGCCAGGGUCGCUCUCGCACUCGCUCGCGCUCGCGCUCCCGUGCACGCGCGUCUAGCACUGCCCGGUCCGAAAAAGACGAUGACGCUCGAAGCAUGUCCCAGCGUCGCAAGCACAUGGCUGGAGCCGGUCUGGCCGGCGCUGUUGUUGCAGGUGCCGUCGAGCAUGUGCGGAGCCGUUCGCGGGCGCGCAAGGGUGGGCGCUCGCGUUCCCGCAGCCGGCUGAGACAGGCUCUUCCUGUGGUGGCUACCGGUCUGGGUGCCGCCGCUGCCACUGGUCUUUAUGAGAAGAACAAGAGCAACAAGGAAAACAAGGAUGGUGUGAGUCGUGAGCGCCGCCGAUCCAGAUCUCGCAGCCGUGGGCCAUCCGAGGCGUAUCCAGACCCAUCGCGGGACUCGGCAGGCUUGAUUGAGUAUGGCGGAGGCCCUGUUUCGGGGAGCAUUCCUGCUGAACAUUACUAUGGUCAGUCUGCCAGUCCCGGUGCUCCCUACUACUCGGAUGGCCCCGACGGGUACGGCGCCAGGCGUCACAGCCGCAGCCGUAGCCGCAGUCGUGGUGGCCGCUACAGCGGCAGCUCCUCGGAUUCAGACCGGGGAAGCCGCCGUAGGCACAGAAGCAAGAAGAAGCACCGCAGUCGUUCGCGGGAACUGGCCUCGGCAGCCCUUGGUGCGACGGGCCUGGGGUACGCAGCUCACAAGUAUUCUCAGCGGAAAGAUCGUAAGAAGGCCGAGCAGGAGCAAUCCCGGUACGACGAUGACGCUCCCCGUGAUCCCUACGAGGAAUCUUACGAUCCAGAGCCCUACCCGCCUUCUCCUCACGCGGUCCACUCGCAGCCUCCCGACAACCACUACUAUCCCAACGGCAACUAUUUCCCCCCGCCGCCGAGUUCAACUCCUAACUUGAAUGCCCCUCCGGGUCCCUACAACCCAGCCGACUACCCCCCACCACCGGGUGCCGCUCCCCCGCCACAGCCCUACAGCUACGGGGCCGCAGGGCCGGGUCCUGAGACUUACGCACCGAGCGGACGGAGGGCCAAUGAGAAUGUGAGUGCUGCACACAGCUCCACCCUACCCACAAACCAGUAUCACACGCGCGAUGGUCUAGAAAGACAAAGUCGUCGACGGUCGACGUCCAUGCCGCGAUCUGUUACCCAGCCAGCCUCGAAAUCUGUUGCUUUUGAUCUCGGCUCGGAUGUUUCGUCCCGCGGCCGUCGUCCGGGCCCCGGCUAUGAGACCGACGACAGCGACACGACCAUUGAUUCGCACGGAGACCGCGGCCGUCGUCACCAUCGUCGUCGUCGCUCUUCGUCUAUUCCUCAUCCGCCUAUGCCUCAUCCCCGAUCUUCUGACCAUCACUCUGGCUCUUCUCAUCCGCGGCAUUCACCUAAACAUUCCCACGCCCCGCAAAAAGCCCCGGAGCAGGACUCGGACUCGACCAUCGAUCUUCCGGACCGCUUCGAUUCGCAUGGCCACCUCCUGACUGAGCGGGCCGAUGACCCUGCCGCUGCCAAGAUCGAGGAUUUUGUCAAUAAAUUCAGCCGGGUGCUGUUCUGA